AUUUCUCAUAAUUCAUCCCUUUUAUUCUCUUAUUCAUUUUCUUCUUCUUUCAAUCAAAUCCCAGAAAUUAUUAAGUUACUUGAGAUUUAACAGCAUACGAUAUGGAGAUGUAUCCGUGCAGCAGCAAUGAUUCCGAUUUAGCCAUGUUGGACUCAAUUCGGCGUCAGUUACUCGGCGAGUCAUCAGACUUCCGACUCAAUGCUUCUACGGAUUCUCCCCCCACGUUUUGCAGGAGCUCAAGCUUCAGCUGCUUGUACCCUUGUUUGACCGAAACCUGGGGUGACCUCCCUCUCAAAGAAAACGAUUCCGAAGACAUGCUCGUUUUCGGGAUCCUCCGAGAUGCUUUGACCGUCGGAUGGGCUCCCUCCGAUAACACUUCAGUGAAUUUCACUCCCACUAAACCGGAGCCCCAAGAGAUUUUAGUAGAGACACCGGUGAUAAGAGUAGAUACGGUGGUUCUGGCCAAAGCGAGGCACUACAGAGGAGUUAGGCAGAGGCCGUGGGGGAAGUUCGCAGCUGAGAUAAGGGACCCGUCUAAGAAUGGGGCUCGGGUUUGGUUAGGUACAUUUGAGAAGGUGGAAGAUGCAGCUUUGGCUUAUGAUAAAGCAGCUUAUAGGAUGCGUGGGUCGAGGGCUUUGUUGAAUUUUCCAUUGAGGGUGAACUCCGGGGAGCCUGACCCAGUGAGGGUAACGUCAAAGAGGGCGUCACCUGAGCCGUCAUCCUCCGCCUCAGAGAACGUGUCUCCCAAGAGGAGGAGAAAAGUGAAUGCGUCGGCUCAAGCCACAGAUAUAUGAAGUUGGUUCAUGAACAGAAAAUGGUGAGGGCUUGCCAAAUUGGUGAGAAAUGAGUGUUUGGGUUUGUUAUACAAAGGAUUUAUUCUUAAAUGAGAAAUUUUAUUUUCUUUCA